GGGCGGUGCUGUGGCGCCGUGCGGGAGCAGGAGCGGGGCUCGGUGCGCUCGCGCCGUUCCUCGGCCCUCAUGGCUCCUGCCCGCAGGAAGGCGGCCGCGGGCGCGCGCGGCAGGAAGCUGAGCGCCUUCCUGAAGGACUUCGACCGGGAGGUGAGGAGCCGGGUCGAGCAGCUGCGGACGAACGGGGAGCGCCUGGUCAAGGAGAUGGAGAACCUGUACGACGUGGAGCUCCUCCGGCUGCCCGCGGCGCUCCGCGAGAUGAACUGGCUGGAGUUCUUCGCUAAAGGGGGAAGCCAGAAAGUCGUGGAGGAGGCGGUGACGGUAGGUAUCCAGCACAAAUGGGAACCUUUCCCUCUUGCCUUGUGUGUUCGUGUAGGAGACGAGCCGAAGGCUUUGUGUAUCCGCAGGAGAGGAGCGCUGCUGCGAUAGCGCGGGUUACGCACGCAGCUGCUGCGUUAAGACUUAGCAGGAGGAGAUCCUGUGGUGUCCCCCGCAGGGCUUGCGUGCUCGCGCUGCUCCUUGCCUGGCUUGCCAGGCCUGCUUAAUUUCACGGACAAUGUGAACAACGGGAUUCUGUUGGUUUGAACGUUCCAGAAACUUUGAGGGGGAGAAAAGGAGAAGGGUGGGAGGAGGGAACCCGUGAAAACAUCUCUCUGCCCAUUGACAGAUUCCCUGGGAAGAAGGCAGUGGAGGGAAUGAAAGCAUUAGCACCCUCGGGACUUUGAAGUAACUUCUGAGGCUCAAACUGUGCCGCGUUGUAUACGAACAGCAGACGGGUGUCCCAGCUGUGCUUUUAGGGCUCUCGUAUAUUUAUUUUAUAUGUAUAUAUACACACAGAGCUUCAAAGAACAGAGUGUCAUUCUCAGAAAUGUUCCAGUAGGUUCGAAGUAACGUAAUCUCUCCCUUGCAGGUGACGCUGACCGAGCCUCAGGAGCCCCGGGCGGCACGUGGCUAGAAGUGAGAGCUCAGUCCAUCUGCAGGUGUCGGCAGCGUGCGCUACGGCUUUGUACUGGUUGGGGUGCGAGGCCGAAAAGGCGUGGCGGGCGUGGCUCCAGGCCAGCCAGGAGAUGUCACAGCACAGAUGACAUCACCCGGAGCCCGUGUGCUGUCACAAUGCAUUGCCAUGACGACGCCGGGCCCUCCCCAAGGACAGCUGGCCGCUGGCUCCAGGCGCCUCAUUUGUGAGCUGUGCUGCCCGCAGCCGCUCGCCGUGCCCUGUGCCUGAGAGCAGCCCCAGCAGCAGACUAGCUCAGCCUCAUCGCGCUCGUCCUCCAAGGCUCAGAGAGGUUUGGAGGCACAUGCCUGCCAGCAUGGACGGAGCCUGGGUGGGGACCUGGAGACCUCAUCGCCCACGCGGCCUCAUCUCGGCCCAGUUCCCCAGCCCCGGGCCCCAGUACUCCAUCCCGGGGACAACAGGUUAUGUGGGCCACAGCCCCACCAAAGCCCGUGCCCCCGCCUACACGUUUAGAGGGACCAAACCGCCUGCGGCAGGGAGCUGCGGGCCAGGUCCCUGCUACUUUGUGGAGCCCGCCAUCACCAGGAACGGGAAGUACGUGGCUCCGGGCGCCCAGCUCCGGGGACGACCCGCGACGAAGACCACCGUCACUCCCGGACCAAGUGACUACCGCACCGAGGCAGCCAACAGGCACGUCUUCAAGUGCCCACCGGUGCAGUCCAUGGCCUUCCGGCGGGAGCCCCUCCGGACAGACCACCCUCCAGGUCCUGGCACCUACACGCUGCCCAGGCUGAUGGGGCCCAACACAGUCUACACAUCGGCCAGCCCCUGCUACUCUGUGAGGGGAAGGAGCCAGCGAGGUCGGUUUGACGAAGACCUUGCCAAGACUCCGGGUCCUGCGGCGCUCCCCAAAGUGCCUGUGGAUGCCUACAAGACCAGGGCGCCCGCGUACACGAUGGCAGCCCGACCAAAAGCUGGAGAGGGCAAAGCAGCGAAGCCCGGGCCGGCAGACUACAGCGUAGGCCGGGUGACGCUGAUCAAGCCCCAGGCGCCUGCAUCCACGUUUGGAAUCCGGCAUUCCCUCUACACAACCCCUCUCAUCGUGGAGUGAAACAGCAAAGCCUGGAAGGCCUGGUUUGCUUUCCUGGAACGGAAGGGGAGGGGAAGAGAGAGCGACCAUCUGCCGGUUUCCCUUUGAUUCCAUUUCCCUGCCUCGUGCCUCGGGUUGGGCUUUUGCCCAUUUUACUGUUGGAUGCUAGCGAUAGGAGUAAGUCGUUAAUAAAAUGUACCUUUAUGUAUA